CUGUGUAUUUCCUUAGUUACAGUGGUACCAUCACACUGAGAACGGCUGAAGCAACUUUUCCUCCUCGCAGCAGAACCGGAGCACCAGAAACAUGGUUCACCCCAAAAAUGAAACAGUGCCUUCGAACCAGUCCUGUGGUAAUGUCGACACAUCAGUCAACCCUUUCAUUACACUGGUCUACAGUCUGGUGUUUCUGGUGGGUUUACUCCUCAAUGGCUUCAUCAUGAAGUUUUACUGUUGCCAAGCUCAGCAGCAGGCAUCAAGCAGCUUGAUGGUCUACCUGAAGAACCUGACAGCUGCUGACUUCCUUCUCUGCCUCUCUCUGCCACUGCGCAUAAUCCACUAUAACAGCAGCUCUCCCAUGGUUCAGCUGCUCCACUGCACAGUUGGAGCUUCUGCUUUUUUCCUCAACAUGUACACCAGCAUCAUAUUUAUGGGGUACAUCGCUGCCAACAGGUAUCGGAAAAUCGUACAUCCUUCAGGAACUCACAUCCCGCAAACAGUACGAACUGCGAGAAUCAUCUCUGUCAUCACCUGGGUUAUUCUCCUGGCUCCAACAAUCACUUUUAUCAGCUUUUUUAUCAGCUCCAAGCAACCUUUGACCACUAAUUACUGUGUUGAUUCCUUUAGUUCAUCAGUCAGCCUGCUGUACAAAAUCCUCCACACCUUCUCUGCAAUCAUUGUCCUCUUAGUCUUCAUAUCCCUGGUCUUCUUCUACUACAGCAUCUCCCGCAGGGUGUUGCAGGCACAGCAGAGGCAGCUGGCCUCCUCUGGCUCUGAGAAGCUGGUGAAGUCUCGCAGAAACAUGUUGGUGCUUGUCAGCAUCUUCUGUGUUUGUUUUGUCCCCUAUCACCUGGUUCGACUUCCCUUUACUUUUCUGUGGACCAGCUGCUCUGUGAGUGCAGUGUUGUACAACCUGCAGGAGGUGGCUGCUAUGGUGUCAGUUUUCAACGUCUGCCUGGACCCUGUUGUUUACUUUUUCCUCUGUAAGAGUUUUCGAGCUCGGGUGAGAAAGGCGUCCAGGAGGACCAACAUCCAACAAGCAAAUGAGGAGAGCGAGAGCAGCAGGGAGCAGCUGGACAUCACUACAUCAACACCAGUGUUGCAGGGCAGUGAUCUGUAAGGCAACGUACAGCAUUUUAUAAAAUGACGAGAUUUGCUUUUGUUUUGAGAGUCAGAUUAGUGAAACCAGUGUCAUGGAUCCCCGUCCUCAUGAACCACAGGACGUUCUUCUGUGCUUAGAUAUCAACAUGAGGCUGAACUCAGCACAAAUACACAGUAUCAGUGUUUAUGUUGCUAGCAUUUAACUUUAGCAUGAACAAAGUGAACCAGUGUGUGGUCAGAUUCAUACAAAAAAAAGCACAUCGUUAAAUAUCUGUCUCUGGAAACAGUUUUAACAUUCACACAUAUCCAGAUGAGCUUUUUAUCUUUCAGCAGUAAUCUGUACAUUUGAUUAAAAAAAA